AUGAGUGUCGACUCCGCUCAAGGAGAUGCUCCUCCGAGACGGGUUCCCGGAUGCCUCCAUAAGAGUGAACUUUAUUGGCGAGAUCGUCAACCCUGGCUUGAGAAACACGGUUAUUUGCUACGUCCAAGAUAUAGCCCAGAUUGGAGACCGUCGUGGGAAGGAACCAAGAAGUGGUUCUAUACCUGCGAAGAUGGACAGGCACUGCACCAUCCGUCCAUUCUGGAUGCUACCCGUAAAUCUGAUGGACGCUUGGUAAUGCUCAAGAAGACGUCAAAAGAAGUACAUCCGCAUGAGGCUGAAAUUGGACAGUACUUUUCAUCGCAACAGCUCAGCGCCGAUGCACGAAAUCACUGCGUACAGAUUAUUGAAGUUCUACAGGAUCCAAACGAGGAUGAUACUCUCAUCAUAGUAAUGCCCUUUCUUCGGCAAUUCAACGAUCCUCGCUUUGAGACCGUAGGAGAGUGUAUCGAAUUUUUUCGUCAAAUGUUCGAGGGAUUACAUUUCAUGCAUGACAACCACGUGGCACAUCGAGAUAUUAUGGUGCUGAACGUCAUGAUGGAUCCCAAUCCUAUGUUCCCCGACUUGUUCCACCCAAUCGAUCAAGAUAUGAAGCGGGAUUUUAGUGGGUCGGUCAAACAUUUCACGCGUACGGAGCGACCCACGACGUACCUCUACGUUGAUUAUGGCCAUGCAAGGAAGUAUGAUCCCGCCGACGGACCGCCACACGAGCUGCCCCUUUUCGGUGGAGAUAAAAGUGUUCCUGAGUUUCAGAACGACGGAUAUGACAAACUAUACAAUCCUUUCCCCACGGAUAUUUAUUAUUUAGGAAACACGAUUCGCCAAUGCUUCCUACAGGUAAGCUCGCGCUUUAAAUUUAUGGACCCGCUAGUCGCCGACAUGGUCGUAGCCGAUCCCACAAAGCGGCCAACAAUUGACCAGGUUGUCGAGCGCUUUGAGGAAAUCCGUCGCGGGCUCACGGCAUGGAGAUGUCGGGCUCGCAUUGUUUCCAGGAAGGAGGAUCCCGUGACUAAGCUCUUCAAGGAUGUCAGGCACACGUUCCAAAAAGCCCGCUAUCUCCUCAAGCGUCUCCCUCCCAUUCCGACCCCCUCGGGAAGUAGUCGCACUCUCGUGGAUACAUAG